UAGGACACUAUUCAGCCCACUAUAAUUGCCUUUAAAACACUUCAUUUAUAGCUUCUCUGUUUUUUCUCACAUUUCUUUCUGAACAGAUAUCAGCGCUGCCACUCCUGCUGCUUUAGCUGCAUUGCCCAGCAGCCAUUCAGGAGCCAGAUCUGCCCAGCCCUUCUGUCCUCUGAGUGGCACUACCCAGUUGAGCAGGACACCAGAACCUGGGUACCAUGACAGCAGUGGCCCAUGGGAAGAGAUGAGGCCUCAGAAAAUGAAUGCAUCCGGGGACCUCUCCUCCUUAUCAUCCUUGUUCUGGACCGACUCCAAAUCCUCUGGGGCCAACCUGCUGGAAAAGAAUCUUAUUGAGAUCCAGAAGCUAUGUCAGCGCCUGCAGGAGUCUGUCUGCAUCAAUGACCGUCUGAGGGAGAGGCUGGAACACAUGCUCAGCAAGGCUGGCCAAGGAAAAAGUACUGCACAGUUAGCCCCAGAUGUCUCCCUCAUAGCCCCUCAUUCAUACACCCAGAGUCACUCUUCUGGCUCUGGUCAGGACAUCCUGUGAUAUGACACCUGGAGGGUCUAGAAGAAUGUUCUCCGGAACUGUUCCAGCCCUACCUAUCCAACAGCAUUUUGGGUUUGGAUUUGGAGGCAUCAGCCAUUACCUUUAAAUGAAUGGACCAAAUUAAUAAAUUAUUAUUUAAAAUUA